AUGAGUGAUGUCGAUGCAGUCUCCUUACCAGCUGCCCUGGACGUCGGUCAGAACACGCUUGCUCCGGUGAAACAGGACCCUCUUGGCCCCCCAUCACCACGCAAAGCUCGUACAGACUCUCGUCCACGGGUAGAAAACGAUGGACCGACACGUGUAUAUUCAGAAGGGGAGGAGGAUGGGCCUCCCAGUCCCAGGGCGGAUUCGGAAGCUGAAACAAUAAUUCAAUCGGGCCGAGAGUCUUUGUCGCCGGAGAAAAAGAGAAAGCACAUCAAGCACGACCCGAGUCGCCAGGAACCUAAUGGAAUUGAUGGAUACCAGCGAAAGAAACCACGGGUAUUUGGCGGAGAACGAAGACGUGAUCAAGGACGAAGCUCUCGUUCUCCAACCCACCGAGCAAUCUCGCCGUCGGUGGUGAAGAUCGAAAAAGCUGAUGAUUCUCAGAUCUCAGAGACCGAAGGUGCCCCUGAUGGAAUCGAGCACGCGUCGGGGAGACCUCGCGCUUUUCGUAAGCGAAGCUUCAGUGAGAGUGCAGAGGAACAACAAGAUCGCCGUCGCGCACACUCUCAUGCAGCAUCCCAUCCUGUUCGAGAGCUUAAGCAUACGAACAACACGCGCCUUUCCAGGCCACCAUCCAAUGCGCGAUCGAUGUCACCCAAUCGACCAUCUCACCAACGAUCUGCUUCAGGCUCUCAAUAUCCGAACAAGAAAAAGGCACCAACACCGCUCCUCACAGGGUUUGCGCGACAUAGCUCCGAAGAUAGGCAAUCGACGUCUUCAUCUCAGAGCAGCUCUCCACUGCCGGGGGCGCAUCUGCGGAAGCUCGGCUCUGGAGCAGCUGCAUCCGCAUCGCCUGCCAAGCAGAUGGGACCGAAGAAGCUGCGCGACAAGAGUGGCCGGACUCCUCUUGCACGCGCAUGCGCGGACCGGAAACAUGAUCAAGUGAUGAUGCGCCACGCCGAACGACCAGAAGAUAUCAAUAUUCCCGAUAAUGCAGGCAACACACCCCUGCAGAUCGCCUCGCUUGCUGGCGAGGCCGAAAUCGUUAAGUUCCUGCUGGACGCAGGUUGCGAAAUCAAUACCAAGAACAUCGACAGAGACACUCCGUUAAUUGAUGCAGUGGAGAAUGGAAAUGUUGAGGUGGUCAAACUUCUGCUUGACGCAGGUGCAAACCCAAGAACCGUGAAUGCGGAGGGUGAUGAGCCAUAUGAAUUGGUCCCCUCGGAGUUAGACGACGAUGAGUAUGAAGAGAUGCGGAAGGCACUCGCGGAUGCCAAGGCCACUUUGCGACCUGGUCGACGAUCGGAGGAACACACUGGACCAGAAAGCAAGGAGCCUUCUUCAAGACGUGCUUCCGCAGCCAGAGGAUCUGCAGCUAGCCCCCGGGAAUCACCUCCUAUGCGUAGCCCUCCUCCAGUAGGCACGUCAAAUCGACGAAAGGGCGGACGAAGUGAAGCCACAAGAAAUGACCUGCUAUGGACAAAACCGACCUUUGAAAAUCUCCGAGAGUUUGCUGCUAAGGGGGACGAGGCUGGAGUGGUCAGCAUUUUGAAUAUUUUGCAGAAAGCCGACACUGCCUCUUUAAUUGCUGCGGCGAAGGGUGGUCACCACGAUGUCCUCUCACUUUUGUAUGCAAUGGGAAAUGCCGACGCAGAUCCGACCCCGGUGCGCGGUCAGAAACCGGGUUACAACACGCCCAUGCUUGCUGCAAUUGGCCGAGGGAACAGCGCUGUCAUUCAACUCAUCCUGAACCAACCCGGAUUCAAUCCCACGCGCCGACUGUUUGAAGACCGAACAUACUUCGAAUUGUCCCAGGGUAGACAAGGUGAGAACUGGGAAGAUGAACAUCAGAUUCUGAAGGAUGCCUAUGAGAGAUUCGCUGGUUCCGAGAAGGGUCGCAAGGAAGACUCACCCCGCCGAGCGCGUGGGAAAGAGAAAGAGGAGAAACGUGCGGCACGCAGGGGAUCGUCUUCUCCUGUCGCCCGUAAGAAAUCAAACAUUAGUCCCAACGUCGGCAGAAAUCGUGAUUCCUUGAAAGAAAAUGAUUCAGCGAAAGAAAAGCGACGUGCGAAAGAGCAGGAUUCAUCACGGCCACCAGAGACCUCCAAACCCAAAUCUUCACUGUCGGCCAGGCGAGACAGCGAGUCCAGUGGAAUGGUACCCAAUGAAGAGACCCGGAAGAGACGACUCAUAGCAGGGCGUCGACCUCAAGAGCGUCGACCUAGUCUGUUUUCAUCUGAUUCACUCUCGGGUCGCGAAGAGGCACCAAAACCCCGUGCUGACGCAGGAUCUGACAACACCUUGUCUUUGAAGCGCAUUCGUACUGAUCGAUCUCCGGAACGAUCUCGUUCACGUGGCACAGAUAGCGAUCGCUUGUCUCCCGAGUCACGGAAAAAGAAGAGACGAGUUGUUUCUGAAGAGAAGUCGUUGUCAACUGCUACGAACGGUGCAUCGCCACAACCCGACGAUUCUGGAAAACCUGCUCCUCACUCUCGCCGACCCCACGAGGAUUCUACUCGAACUUCCGACUCUCAACAACAUAAAUCCACCGAAACUUCCAAGAAACCUCCUACUCGCUCAGCUUCACCUCAUCGUGACCCCAUCAGAAAGAACGGUGAUGUGAAAAAGGAUUCACACAAGCCUAAAGUGGAUACGGUGCAAGACCCUAUCGCCGUUGCGAAGCGUCUGGAGCUCGAAGCCGAUGAGCGUCGACGAGCUCAAAUAAAAAAAGCGCAUGAAGAGCGCUCUGCGAAAGAGAAGCGUGUAGCAGACGAAGCCGAACGCGACCGACUUGCCAAAGAAGAAGCCGACCAAGCUGCUCAGGCUGCUCAAGAAAAGACCGAAGAGGAGGACCGCAAACGAAAGGAGACUGAACAAAAACGCGCCAAGCAAGCCGAGGACGACCGGCUGAAGAGGAUGGAGGUAGAACGCGCUCGAAUUGCCAAGGCGCGCCGUGACCGGGAGGCAGCAGAGCACCGACGCCGUGAAGCACUUCCAAGUCGCCUUCGUGUUGCAGCCAACCUCGUGGGCUCCAACAACCCCCGCGCGAAGAGUCACGACUGGCUCAAGGCCUUCAUGCCCCUCGUUACUGCUCUCAGCCGUCAACUUGAUCCUGGCUGUAGUGUGGAUAUCGCCGACGAGAAAUGGAUUCCGAAUUACUUGGUUGCACCUCUACUAGCUACCAACGAUCUUCAACUUUCACAAUACCCCAGCUGGGAGAAGCGAAAGGCGACACCGACUCAACGCAUGAACCUAUGGCGCGUCACUCGUCGCAUGUUGAUCUACACGGACGAUGACGGAUUCCAGGAAUCUAGUGUUGGACAGAUUAUGCAGAGGGAUUGUGACACACGCCCGAAGUAUUUCCAGAUGGAGCACGUCUUCUGGAUCAGACUUUCUGAUUUCACAGACCUUGUCCCUCACAUCCCUCACCUUCACGGUCUUGAGCUACAAUUCUUGAACAUGCACAUCGACCCAGAGCCGCAGGCGGCUGGCGCAGGCUUUGGCGCUCCUCACCUCAACGGCCAUGGCCCGGACUCUUCUGUCGAAGUCAAUGGAACUGGUCACCUCAACGGGUAUGGCCAUUCUCGAUCUAGUACAUACGUCUAG